ACCUUAAUCAACAUGGCCUACUGCAUACUCAUCCUUCUGGGCACCCUGAUCCAGCGCCUCGUCUUUGGGGAGCUCAGGGUGUCCGAGCAACAGCACAUCAAAGACAAGUUCUGGAAUUUCGUGUUCUACAAAUUCAUCUUUGUCUUUGGCGUCAUGAAUGUGCAGGCCAUGGACGAAGUGGUGCUUUGGUGCUCCUGGUUUAGUGUCCUGGGUUUCCUGCACCUCCUCGCACAACUCUGCAAAGACCGCUUUGAAUAUUUAUCCUUCUCGGCCACAACUCCACGUAGGACACACGUGCGACUCUUGGGGCUCCUGGGCAUUAUUCUUACCCUGGCAACUUUCUGCCUAUUGAUCUGCGUUGUUGUGGGAUGUCAUUCAGGGAUAAACACAUUUGCCUUCAUGGUGGCGGAGUGUAUACUCUUGAUAGUGAGAACCCUGUAUGUGAUAACCCGGUACAGCAUCUAUUUAUGGGACAUCACUCACGAGGGACUUUGGGAAAAGAGAGGGAGGUAUGUGUACAUGACGGAGCUGGUUUUCGAACUAAGCGAGCUGGUGAUCGACAUGGUGCAUCAUAUCCACAUGUUGGUAUGGGGGAAUAUGUUCCUGACAAUGGCUUCUCUUGUGAUAUGUAUGCAGUUGCGACUCCUCUUCUACCAGCUGCAGCACAAAGUCAAGUCUCACAGGAACUACCUUAGGGUGCUCCAGCUCAUGAACAUGUAUCCAGAAAUUUCUGGCAUGGACAUUCUGUCGGAGGAGAGCACGUGUGCCAUAUGCUGGGAGCACCUGGAAACAGGCAGGAGACUACCUUGCACACACCUUUUCCAUGCCUCUUGUUUGCUGGCAUGGCUGCAUCAAGACCUUUCAUGUCCAACAUGCAGACACAAACUGCACAAACCAGAACAGAAUGAAGUUGCUUCUCUGUCUGGGACACUUCUCAAUGGGCUUUUACCUGCUGGAGAGGAAAAUGACCUUCGGGAUGACAGUGGUGUAGGAGAGGUUCCUCAUGGCGCUGGAGGUGCAUUCCCUUCUCCUGCUGCUCCUGAGGGCUCUCCAGGUACUCCAGGCUGGCGGUAUGUGUCUUGGCUACCCAGCUUCAGUGUAGAGCAGAGCCACACACAAUUACCACGCCAUCACCAGCCCAACUCUCAGCCUGCGUCUACAUCUCAGCUUGACAAUCUUGCUAGACAGGUCCAACAAAUGUUCCCAGAUGUCUCAUAUUCAGAUAUAUUGGAAGAUCUUCAGCAUACACACAGCCUAGAGGUGACAAUUGACAACAUCCUGGAGCAGCGUUUAGUCAACCCUCCACCAAUGUUCACGUCACAUGAUGGUCCCAGCCCAGUGUUUGAUGUGCAAAAGGAAGAUGAAAAGAGCCACCAGCCUUUGAGUGAGCCGGAAGAAAUAAAGGAGGAGGAGGAAGAUUUUGUAGAUGCAUCUCCUACUCCGUCACGGCCCCUGAGCCUACCAGUGCCCUUUGAGUUAGAUGCAGCCACGACAGAGGAUCCAAGUGACACAGAGUCUGAAGGAAGUGGCAUAGGUGUUGGAAUCUCUGGAGCUGGUGGACGGUUUAGCAAAUCGCCCCAAGAACGAGAGCAGAUGCUGGCUCAGCGCAAAACCGAAUUACUCUCACAAGCCCGCCGACGUUUUGUGGCUAAGCCAAAGGUGAUGGUUAAUGGUAUGGAGAAUUCACAAACAGACUGUGAUAGCUUAGCAGACUCCUGAGUGAUGCAGAUACUAUACAUUAUAGUGUGGAUCUGUAUGGAACUGAGUAGUCAUAAUAUACUUUGUUUGGAAAUGACAUUUUGGCAGUAUUGCACAAAUGUUGUUGCAGAUGAUUAUAUAGUUUGAAUUGGAAGUGAACAGGUAUUGAAUGCUGUUCACAAAACUGGUCCAUCCUGUAUAGGUAGAAUGGAGGAUUAGUUUUCAAUUUUUUCCCUGACGUUAUCCUGUUCUCAAGUAAUACAGAAAGCUUUUGAGUUUCCCUUUGAGCUUCAUACCAUAUUCAAAUGCUGUUUUUGUCUGCUGUAGAAAAUGUUAUUUGCAAAUACUUCUUGUUUAAGAGAUACAAAUUACCUUGAGUGAUGCAUAAAAUAUCAUGCCAGAUGUAGCACAGACAAAGUAGCAUAAACGAUAUAACAUGAAAGUGUAAUGUAGUUUUUGGAUAAUGAUUUAGACUUGUAGCAUCUGCUGGAAUAUGCUCAUACCAGUAGCUUCCAGAUUCACAGUGAUAGGUACCGGUCAAGUUAGUUACGUAUCUUUUCUUGACAAUUUUGCUGUAAUGUGGUUCCUUUAGAUAGAUAAGAAGUUGUAAACUGCCCUGUUUUAGAUAUGAAAAUCCAUGUUAUUGUACAUUUCUUAUUGACAUUUUCUGUGAAAAUGUUUGAAUAACUGUAAGAGUGAAAUGGUUACAAUUUUUUCAUUGUUUUUUUCCCAAUUUGUUAGCAGUUGAUUGAUUGGACAGUCCAGCAUUUGGAGUGUUUUUGCUUGAUUUCUUUGUUUCAAAUAUGAUUCUGAUUAUGUGUUGGAAAACUUUUUGUAUGUUUGUGGUUUGAUAGCCUUUGUUUAUAUAACUGAUUUUACUUUGCCAUACAGAAAUAAAGUAAAGGGUAUAAGAUUUAUAUGCAAACCUGAUCUCCUGGGAAACAUUUCAUUUCAGAACAUUAUGCUCGAAAAUGAUUUUUAGCAUGAAAUGAGGUGUCCUUAAAUAAUUUGUAAAACAGUGGUAAAGAAGAACACCUGUCAUAUUUCUGUGUGCAACACUGAGUGUAGAUUCUCAAGGUAUCACAAGAUUCAAGAAUUGAUUGCACCAACCCUCUACAAUACUACAACUUUUUUAGAUAAGUUUUUAUAAACUGAUAUGGUAUGAAUCUAAAAGUAAGAACUCUUUGAAUAUAAAUGUCAGGAUUUAUGGAAGAGUGAAUUUUUCAUAUGGUUUUUGACAAGAUAUUUUUCACUGAACACAAGAAGCUAAUUACUUGAGCUGGCAUGUUUUGAAGGUGAAAGUAUGCUCAAAUUUACAUGGGCCGAAGGCUUGUCAUGUCCCUGAUGCUUGUCUCUUUUGACCUACUAAGAACUGCACAAAUGUGAAACUAGAUCCAGCCAUAUAUUGCCAGGUACAGGACCGGUACCUCUCGUUGAUGUACAUUAAGCUCUGUUAUUUUGAGCUGUCUGUGCAUCUGAAUCAGUGUAAUCCAAUUCUGGAAUCAAAAUAGUUGUGGUGAUUAUCUCAUCUUCAUUGUAGAAGAAGAGAUAAAAUGUUGAUUUGCUGUAUAAUCAUGACAUCGAAUUCUUCUUGUACCCAUGCCAAUUUUGCUAAGGGGAAAGUUUAUCUUUCUUGGCUAGCAGACACUAAUGCUUAUUAGGGAGACUGACUAAUCAUGUGCUGAUUUUUUUCAGUGUUCACUUGCCAUCUUACAUUAGGUAUGACCAUUCCAUUAAAGUGAAGAAAUAGAUUUAUUGAUCACUGAUGUCAUGUUAUUACAUGUUGUCAGUUGUAGAAGAGUUUUAGAUAUGUGAUAGAGAACUUGUGUCUUAUAGUGCAGAAGAAGCUUCAUUUGCUACAUGUUGAACACAGAGCAUGUCAGAACUGGAUGGUUCUUUUUGUGAAGCCUUUAAGUCUUGAUAGAUACACAUCAUUGAUGUACGCUUAGACUUCUUGAAAUCAGAUGUGGCUUUUUUUCAGCGACUUCAUGUAUCAUCAAUUUAAAGCUAACUGCAAAAUAUUUAUAAAAUUAUAUGUUGAUUUGUGAAACUGUCUCUUACACAUUGUAAUUUGGAUGCAGUUCACAUGUGCCAUUGACACUGUGACUGUUGGUUAAAGUGUUUUUCUUUAAGAAAUGCUUGAUAUCAUGUUUUAUGUUUUUAAUGUUUCUGAUACACUAUUAUGAUGUAAAGAGCAAAGUUAUUGGCAUUAGGGUUUCCUUACAGAUAUAUUAAAAUUAUUUUUGUAUUAUUUACUAACUCUGAAGCAAAAGCUUUAAUUACAUUGUGUAGUGUGAUGAUUUGUAUCAGGUGUUAAGAUUAUUGUGUUAUGAAUAGUUUUUGUGCUUGAAUAAUUCACUCUAACUAUUCUUUUAUCUCUGAUUUUGAAAGCAGAUAAAUAGAGAAGGAAACUUGUAAAAUAUAUUUGGUUAUAUUUUAACUCAGACUUGUAAGGAUUUAUUUCUCAAACAUACUUUAGAAAUUUGUGACAAAAUGUAUAUAUAAUGGUCUUAUCAUCAAAGCUACAGAUAUGUUCUAUUUAUACUACCAAUGAUGAUGGAGAGACAUUUGCUAUCUAAAUAUGCUCUGCAAAGACAUUUCAAGUUAGUUUGUCAUAAUGAAGCAGGAUAUUUAUAUUUUGUACAGGUGAAAUUUACACACUAUUUUUGUUUUUGUUUUUGUUUUACAAUUUUAAAAUUGUAUUAUUUCUGUUGCUUAAAUGUCAGGAGAGGAAUUCAUUUAACUUCUAUUAUUUGCAUCACUGCUCAAAGAAUUUGGUUAUAGGUAUUAAUAUUUUAAGUUUCAGCAUUAUAUUUUCGUAUGCAUAAGCAUCUAUUAUUUUCUCAAAUAAUUAAUAGAGUUCAUUUGCACAGAUAAUUUACUGCUAAAUGCCAAAUAUUGACUUAAUCUCUUUUUUAUCUAGUCAAAAUCCUAUCCUUAAAUAAAUACCUUCAUUUGAUUGUGAUCCAUAGAAAAUAGGAAUGUCUAAGAAAGCAUACAGUAAUUAAAAAGUGUGUGCUAAUCUGUAAACUCCUGGUUAAGAUGCAAACCUCCAAAAAGAUGGACACCAUAUUUACAUAUUUUUUAACAAUGUAUUUAUCAGAUUUUUAUAUAUUUCACCUCAAUGUCGAAGACACAACAUGAAGCCAAAAUCAUAUUGACCUUUUACUUGAACUACCACAUACCCUUGUUAUUACUGAUCAGUAUCACUACCACUGCAACAGAAGUAAUUGUCACCUUGCAGUAAAUUAUCACCAUGAGAGGUAUUGUUGAAUAGCAGACUUGAUAUAUUUGGUGCAAUCAAUGAUCCAUUACAUUAAUCCCUUUGAGUUAAUCUGUAAACAUUCUCUGAUUCUCUCUAUCUGCAUUGCUCAAAAGUUGAAUAAAGUGUGAACUGAAAUCACUUAAAAUAAGACCAAGGUAUAUUAACAAACAAACAGGAAAUUAAGCAUGAAAGAUGUAGUAUGUGGUGCCAUACAUGACAAGGUUAUUUGGCAAAUAGCUGGUCAUGGUUAAACUAGGAACUACCCUAUUGUUUUUCUGUGACUGCAUGAUCUAUGUAUAAGGAAGCCUUACUGAUUCUCAAAAUUCUAUGUUAUGUAUGCACUUAUUAAUGCAAGUGUAGUAUCUGAAGUUCUUUAUUAAGUGCAAAUAUCAAUGCAUGGUGUGGAUUCUGUUAGCUGUAUUACAAACAUUGCUAAAUUUUCAUUAUACACACACACUAUAACUUUUUGUUGAACAAGUACAUUUGAUUGUGGUGCAAUUUUCAGGAGUUUUAGCUAAGAUCAGGCUGUUUUUGCUAAUUUUUUAACUUACAAGCAUGGGAAUAUAGUACAUUCUCUAGUGCACUGGCCUUUAUUAAUGAUAUAAAUUUAAUACACUCAUUUAGAUAUGCCUUUUCAGCAUGUAACAUGCAGUUGCAAAGUUAAUAUUAUUUAAAACUGUUUCAAUAUUUUUUAGUUCAGUGAAAAGAAACUGAUUGAAAAAUGUUUGUUUUCCAGAUACAUCUUAUUUUAGUCUCAUAAAAUGCUUCUAAAAUACCAAAUGAAGUAGUAGAGAUAAAUAUAUAUAUAUAUUUUUUGGACUUCAAUAUUGCAGCUAAAUGUAACUGGAUUUGUUCAUUCAUAUAUUUAUUAUUUUCUGUAUUUUCUGCUAUAUGACCUUUGAUGUCUAGCACAUUUAUUUUCUUGUCAUUAUUACUUACUUACUUCUGUGUAUGGACUUAAUAUUUUUAUUUAUGAAGGAAGGGGGGGAAACCUUUGUUGUUGCCGCAUGAGAAAACUGAUAGAAGAAACUGGUACCUGAAUUGUAUAACUGAUGCAGGAAUAAGGAAUGUAGUAAGCAUUCAUAUAGGUAAGUGUAUUGCUAGCCAUAAAAUAUUGCACACAUAAUAAAUACAUUGCUAUUACUUCAGAUAGUAUUUAGUUGUUACUACUCAUCCUGGUGAAGCUUCAUUUUCCAGGAAUAAAUGUUUUUUGGUGACUGAACAGAUAGAUAUAGAACUCUCUGCUGUAGAGAUAUUGUAGCCUUAAAGGCUUGGUUUUAAAUGGAAAUUUUUAAACUUUCUCUAGAAGUUACAUUUUAUUACCAUUCAAAGUACUUUUUCUCCCAACAAAAUAUAAUUUUUUAUUAAGAAAUCAAAGGUCUCUGUAGCUUACCUUUAUAUGUUGUAAUUCACUUUGAUUAGUGUUUUGACACAUAUAUGUGCAGUACAUAUUUGAUGAUGGUAUUUUGUUGUUUCCAGCUAAUCAUCCAAAAAUUGAAAAAAUAAAGAAAAAAUCCUAAUCAAGGCAUUGUUUUGUUACAUAACAAUGUUCAUAUAAAAAUAAGUUCAUAUGUACUCCAUUUGUGAUUAAACUUUUCUGUAAAUAAAAUCUUGUGUUUGUA